CCCUUUUCUACAAAAACAUAUAUUAACAAACCUUCAUAGCCUUUUGAACACCAAUUGCACACAAACAAACUAUUCGACAAAAUGCCUCCAAGAACCCUCUUAUUAUUAGCAUUCCUAUCUCUCCCAAUCCUUCUCCUAACCUCCCAUGCCCAAAAACCUCACAACACAUCCCUUUGUACCACUUCUUCUUGCGGAACAACCACCAUCACCUACCCUUUCCGACUCCGGUCCGACCCGCCCGACUGCGGCUUCCCAGACCCGUUCUUCGCCCUCGAAUGCCAUACCAAUAGCCCAAUCAUCACCAUAGGAUCGCAGCAUUACAACGUGCAAGCGAUCACCUACGGCAACUAUUCCAUUAGGCUCACCGAUCCCGGGAUCACCCCCGGAAACUACUCCACAUGCCCGACCUACCCCUCCCUCGACUACGGCAACUCUUCCCAAUACAUGACCUCUGUUUACAUCUACAACAUAUAUUUUGCGUUCAUCACUUGCUCCCGACCGGUGAACAAUCCGGCGUACGUCGCGAAUCCUAGCUGCGGCAAUGCCACCGCGUUCCCAAACGCUUCGCAGGUUUAUGGCUACGUCGCAGAGAAUGUCAAUGCGUACAACAACUUGGAUAAGUCUUGUGUCGUGGAUAAGGAGGUUCAUGCGUCGUCGGCGACCCCUUUUGAGGUUCGGACCUAUCCAUAUUCGACCAUCCACGACUUUUUGUCGCAUGGAUUCGAGUUCUCGUGGUAUCAAGUUUAUUGCGGGGACUGCAAUCCUGCCAAUGGGAGAUGCUCGGUGGAGAACGGCAAGGUUCGAUGCCGGCAUUAUUGCUUCGAACAUACGCCGUUAUCGGAACGAAGCUUUCGAUGCAAAUUGGAGUACUAUUACCCUUAUAUUUUUCUGAUCAUCCUUCCUGCCAUAGGUAAGAUUCAAUUCAAUCCAGAUGAAUUUGUUAAUGAUAAAUCCACUAACCUGUUGAAUUUUGGUCUUCUUCCUAGGUGGAAUCUUACUGCUGAGAUGCUUGUGUGGAGUUUCAUUUGCUGUUGCCGUUCUGCGGUCCAGAAGAAGAAAGCAGCAAGAAGGUGCUUCCAUGGCGGACGAAGAAGAUAAAAGUCAAGCUGUAGAAUCCAUAGCAUAGCCUGAGUGAGCGAAGAAUGUAUAAAUUAAUUAAUAAUCUGGAAGGAAUUUGUGGUUGGAUGUGUAUCAUAUAUAUUAUUGUAUAGGAAUUGUAGUUAAUUUUGAUUU